AUGUGGCGAUUAUGCCGCAAAUCGCCGAGGCAGGCGAGAAAUUCGUUUGAUUUACUUAUCAAAUCGCGUCAAUUCUCAACAAGUCCAUUCAACUCGGCUAGAGAUGAUGUAAUUUGACAGUUUAGGAGUGUCAAAUUUAUGUUAUUAAUUCUUAGAAGUCAGUUCUAAAGCAACACGAAGUUCUUCAUCUUCUCGCCAAGGAUCAGCGGUUCGAGGAGCGGUUUUUCGACCAAGUUCAGCAGACAGUGCGGUACUUCGCUUCGAAGCCGAAUGAUCUGAAGAAGUUCUUCAAGAGGGAACCCAAGAGCGAUUCGUCUGCAGAUAAGAAAGGUAAUCUGCAUUUAACUUAUCGUAAAACUUGUUUGUCCAUUUCAGAAUCCUCUUCAAAAGAUUCCAAAGAAAGCAGUGGAAAGAAGGGAGAAGACAGCAAUCCAUUCAGCCAAUUGUAGGUCAUUUCAUUGAUUUCACGCGAGAAACAUUGUUUUCAGUCCGGGAGGAUGGCAGCAGGUCGCAGUUUCCGUCGGAAUCCUUGUUGCUCUCUAUUUGUUCAUGGACUACCAGUCGUACCGUGAAAUCUCAUGGAAAGAGUUCUACAGUGACUUUUUGGAGCCGGGACUUGUCGAAAGACUCGAAGUCGUUGACAAACGAUGGGUUCGAGUUGUCAGUUCGUCCGGAAAGUAUGCCGGAGUGAGUUGUUCUUGGAGAAACCCAGAAGACAUAAUCCGUUUCCAGCAAACCUGCUAUUUCAACAUCGGAAGUGUAGACAGCUUUGAACGCAGUCUUGGAGCUGCUCAAAAUCAUUUGCAGUAUGAUGCUGAUCGUCAGAUUCCUGUUCUUUACAAGUCGGAGUUCAAUUUGUUAGUUCAUUCCCCUAUAAUAUUCUCCAACAAUUCGGAUUUUUAGCAAGCGAGAAAUUCCGAAUCUGAUCAGCGUUGCGUUCCCGUUGUUGUUCGGUUACUACAUCUACCGAAUGCUGAAAGGAGGCGGAGCAGCUGGAGGAGCGGGAAGAGCCGGCGGAGGCGGACUCGGUGGAAUGUUCGGCGGAUUCGGACAGAGCACCGCUCGUCUCAUCAACAGAGAAGAUAUUAAAGUAAAGUUCUCGGAUGUUGCGGGAUGCGAAGAGGCAAAAAUCGAAAUCAUGGAGUUUGUAAAUUUCCUGAAGAAUCCUCAACAGUACAAAGAUCUCGGAGCCAAGAUUCCGAAAGGAGCCAUUUUGACGGGACCGCCCGGAACAGGAAAGACGCUGCUCGCAAAGGCAACUGCCGGAGAAGCGAAUGUGCCAUUCAUCACUGUCUCCGGAUCGGAAUUCCUCGAAAUGUUCGUGGGAGUGGGACCGGCGAGAGUGAGAGACAUGUUCUCGAUGGCCAGGAAGAACUCCCCGUGCAUUCUGUUCAUCGAUGAAAUCGAUGCGGUCGGAAGGAAACGAGGAGGAAAGGGAGGGAUGGGAGGACACUCCGAGCAAGAGAACACGCUCAACCAACUGCUCGUCGAGAUGGACGGAUUCACAACCGACGAGUCUUCCGUCAUCGUCAUCGCCGCCACGAACAGAGUGGACAUCCUCGAUUCCGCCCUUCUCCGUCCCGGCCGUUUCGACAGACAGAUCUACGUUCCGGUGCCAGACAUCAAGGGACGUGCUUCCAUCUUCCGUGUCCAUCUCGGUCCGCUCAGAACUUCCCUCGACAAGACCACUCUUUCCCGUAAACUCGCCGCCCACACUCCCGGCUUCUCUGGAGCCGACAUCUCGAAUGUUUGCAAUGAAGCCGCUCUGAUUGCUGCCAGAGACGCCAACGAUGAGAUCUCGGCGAAACACUUUGAGCAGGCGAUCGAAAGAGUCGUCGCUGGAAUGGAGAAAAAGACGCAAGUACUGCAGAAGGAGGAGAAGAAAACGGUGGCGUACCACGAGGCGGGGCACGCCAUCGCCGGAUGGUUCCUGCAACACGCCGAUCCGCUGCUCAAAGUGUCGAUUAUUCCACGAGGAAAGGGACUCGGAUACGCACAAUAUCUGCCGAAAGAGCAGUAUUUGUAUUCGAAAGAACAACUCUUGGACAGGUGACAAAAAUAGAGUGACAUAAGAAAAUAAAUUGAAGUUCAGAAUGUGCAUGACACUCGGAGGACGGGUUGCCGAGGAGAUAUUCUUCGGAAGAAUCACCACUGGUGCUCAGGACGAUCUUCAGAAAGUGACACAAAUGGCAUAUUCGCAGGUGAGUAACAGUUUAUUCGAAGAAAAUUCAAUUCAAUUGAUUGGAUCUUCUCAUUCAAAAAGUCUGGAAAAGUGCGGUCGAACUGCUGCUGUCAUUUCGGGACUUCUUCAAUCGAGAACCGGCGCCUUUUUGUCGAGUGACUCUGUUAGUCCUUCGCAAAUUGUUGAAGCAAUUCCAGUGCUCGGAUCCACGUUGCAAGUGCAUUUGACGGGAGCGCCAGUCGUGAAAACUACUGCGAAGAGAAGAAUAAUGAAAAGAAACAGUUUGAAUUGCAUGGUGUCGGACGAAUGA